AUGCCCAAGGAGGAAGCUUUUGAUAGCAACUGCAUAACGCCGGGAACUGAGUUCAUGGCCAAACUGACGCAGCAGCUGAAGUAUUUCAUCAAUAAGAAAGUCUCGGAGGACGUGGAGUGGCAGGGCGUGGAGAUCGUUCUGUCCGGUCAUGAGGUUCCUGGUGAGGGAGAGCAUAAGAUCAUGGAAUAUAUCCGACAGUCGAAAGCGCAGCCAGGGUACCAACCAGAUAUACGACAUUGUCUAUACGGUUUAGAUGCGGACUUGAUCAUGUUGGGCCUGUUGAGUCAUGAUCCGCAUUUUUGCCUACUCCGUGAAGAAGUUACGUUUGGAAGGCAAAGUCAGAAAAAGUCGAAGGAGCUAGAACACCAGAAUUUCUAUCUUAUGCACCUAUGUAUGGUGCGGGAAUACCUAGAGCUGGAGUUUCAGGAGUUGGAGGAGGAGAACGCUUUGCAAUUUCCUUUUGAUUUGGAACGAGUUAUCGACGAUUUCAUUCUGAUGGCUUUCUUCGUGGGAAAUGACUUCUUGCCGAAUCUGCCGAAUCUACACAUUAACGAGGGGGCGCUGGCAUGGAUGUUCAAGGUAUACAAACAAGUUUUACCGAAACUGGGAGGAUACAUAAAUGAACAGGGGACAAUCAAUUUGGAGCGACUAGGGGUGCUCCUUGAUUCGUUAUCUGAUGUAGAAUUCCGCUUCUUUGAAGCAGAAUUUUCGGAUGCGCGUUGGAUUAAAUCUAAAAUGAAAGGCGAGGAGCUGGAAAGCUCGGAACCACCUGCAAAUGCGAAGGAUUUUGCGAUCUCGCCUGCGCAGAAGCACGUUUUCAACCGAAUUAAAAAGUAUGUCACUCAUCGCCCGGUGAAUGAUCAAGGGCAAUUUGUUCCUCUUGACCUCUCCCCUAAUUUGCCUGCGAGGGAUCGAAAAUUCGUAGAGCAGUUAGCAGACGAUCUACAUCUUGCUUGGACUACAGUGUCCAACGAGCAUGGCGAUAGGUUCUUGCGGGUUCAACUUCCGUCGAAGGAGACUCAAACUAGCGGGAGCUCUGGUGAUGAUGACGGCGAUAACGAAGAGGGACAGAUUGCACUUCUUCUCGUGAUGAAAAGAUACGAAAACGCUAAGGUGAAGGAGACAACAGCCGAGGAAGCCCAACAAGCUGCUGAAAAAAAAUACGAACUCAAGUUCCAGGAAUGGAAGAACAACUACUACAAGUCCAAAUUCGGAUGGGACAUGGAUAACCAUGAAGAAAUGCGGCAAUUGACGGAAAAUUACGUACAAGGCCUUCAAUGGGUUCUCUAUUAUUAUUAUCGUGGAGUUGCCUCGUGGCCUUGGUUCUAUCAGUAUCACUAUUCGCCGAUGAUUUCUGACGUCAAACUUGGCUUGGAAGCUGAUAUGAAUUUCGACCUUGGGCAACCCUUCCAUCCUUUUGAACAAUUAAUGGGCGUUCUACCGGACCGAAGUAAACAAAUUGUCCCUUCAGCCUUCCAUGAAUUGAUGACUUCCCCGGAAUCACCGAUCAUUGAUUUUUACCCUCGCGACUUCGAACUUGACAUGAACGGCAAAAAGAUGGAAUGGGAAGCCGUUGUCAAGAUCCCGUUUAUCGAUGAAAAGCGCUUGCUUAGCGCGAUGGCUACAAAGAAACACCUUUUGACACCAGAAGAGAAUGCAAGAAAUGAAUUUGGCGUUACAUUAAAAUUCACAUAUUCGCCAGAUAUCGAAUACAUAUAUCCCAGUUCACUUGCUGGCGUGUUCCCCGACAUUGCUAAGUGUCACUGCAUAGAAAAUGUGUUCGACCUUCCAACAAUGGAAGGCCUAGAACCUUUCGUUGGCCUUGUGGAAGGGGUUAAACUAGGGCACGAAGCAUUGGCGGGAUUCCCUAGCUUGAAAACAUUGCCACAUAAUGGCCAACUAGGUUUCCACGGGGUCUCCGUGUUCCAACAAGAGAGUCGUAACGAGAGCAUGGUGGUAACGCUCAGCGAGCCUGAAAAUCGAUCCAGUGUUGAACUAGCGAAACAAAAGCUUGGUCAAAGAGUUCACGUUGGCUACCCUUUCCUUCAAGAGGCCAAAGUAACUCGCGUAUCUGACGAACUUUUCGAUUACAUGUAUGUCGACGGAGAGCAGCAUAUUGUUUCGAUUCCUCAUACACCAUCACAAACGGAUCAGUGGAGACGCAAAGCCCACCAAGUUGAGUCAUAUUAUAGCAAAAGGCUGGGCAUGGUUGUUGGCGAGAUCGAGUCCAUGGUCCACGUGCAAAUGCUGAAGGGGUUAAUGAAGACAGCCGAAGGUGCCACGGUCAAGGAGUUCGCCGAUAUUCCAGGUAUUGAAACGGAUUACGCAUUGCAGCUUGUUGUUGACCGAGUGAUGUGCGAGGAUGAUAGGUUUAUCGAACGAGAAGCCUUACCUGUCGAAGAGGAAUUCCCGGAGGGAACAAGGGCUUUUUUCUUGGGUGAAUAUAACUACGGAGCUCCAGUACAUAUCACUGGGCAUGAAGCCGGAAAAUUGAGUGGUCUUGUUUCCGUCACCAAAGGCAGGGAACCAGAAUUUGGUCGAGAUUUGACGAGAGCUGCUGAGAAACUCUCUCCCUACAGUCCGUCAUUUGCGAUUGCCCGUAGUCUAAAUCUGAACCCUUUGGCUCUGGCUAAAAUCACGUCUUCGUUCACGGUGGUCUUGGAUGGCCAGCGCAUCAACCUUGGCCUGAACCUGAAAUUUGAAGCGAAGAAGCUCAAAGUUCUUGGGUACUCCCGACGUGGACCCACUGGCUGGGAAUUCAGUGAAAAAGCCAUCGAUCUUCUCCAGCAAUAUAUGAUCAAAUUCCCUGAGUUCAUUGCAGGCAUUCAACGAAAGCCACAAGGAGAUGGCUUCCAAGCGACAGAUUUCUACCCAGCUGAAACCGCGGCUGCCAAAAUCAAGGAGAUUCAGGCGUGGCUCAAGUCAAUCGAGGCCAAGAAUUUCGAUCGUGUACCAUUAGAAGCUGAACAGCUCGAUUCAAACCUUGUGAAAUCCAUCGAACAAGCUGCAGACGAACUCCUCCGUACACGACCAGCAGCUACAGCUAAAAAGCUUAAAGGCGUCCCGCGUAAUGCGUUAUUGAAACCGGCAGAUGCGGAACAUCGACUUGGCAAUCAAUCAUUUUCUCUUGGUGAUAGGGUGGUCUAUGCACAGGAAUCUGGCAAGGUUCCCAUCGCGACGAGAGGCACUGUCGUUGGGCUCACGCGGACGUCCAGAACGCUUCUCCUGGACAUCGUAUUUGACGUCUCCUUCAUGAGCGGGACGACCCUAGGUGACAGAUGCUCGCCAUUCCGCGGGUCGACAGUUCCUGCAUCAUGCGUCUUGAACGUGACCAACAGGCAACUUAUCGCGACCACCCGCGCUGCAGCAGAACAAGGGAGAUCACAACAACAGCAACAAAACCAACCGCUAACAGUCCAGGGAUAUGGAGCGCCGCUCGGACCAGGUGGAAAGGGCCAGCUGAAACAUGCGAGCGCCCCGCCACCUCUGCGAGGCAGCUUCUGUGGCGCUCUUACAGGACAGCUUGGUGCUCCCAGGGGCAAUGGAGUGUUCCGAGACCGUGGUGGCCACAGCCAGUCGGAGCAAACAUUGCCGAUUCGCAAUCACCACCAAAACAAUGCCUCCUCACCGCAGCCGUCUGAUCUGCGCGGCCGGGGUGGGCGGGCUAACUUCACCGGCCAUCAGAAUGGAUAUAAUCCACGUGGGCGUGGAGGACGACGUGGAGGUGGAGGCGGGGAUAUGGGUGCUCCGCCUGCGACUCCCGGUGGCUAUGUUUCGGUUGAGAGAACGGACCCACUUGAAGGAGUUAUCCAACACAAUCCGAAUUUCCGACCUCAGUCGUACAAUAAUGUUCCUCCCCCGUCAACUUUAGAACGUGGUGGAAGUGGCCGGGGUAGAGGCGGUCGUGGUUUCGCACGAGGGGGUGGUAGGGGUGGUAGAGGUGGUAGAGGUGUCAACAAUAGCCAGGGAGCCACAUCCACCUAA